CGAGGUUUGAAGUUAGCAACUUCCAUGGAAAGCUGGAAAUCGAUCAACUCCGUUGACGUCUAUUCCAUAUGUGAGUGAAGUUAAGAUGUGAGCAAAUUGUGCCAUUUUUCUUAGUGGUUGCUAGAAAAUAGUGAUCAGAAGAUGCUGGAAGGAGCUGUUGCUAGAUUAUUAAACCAGUUACUUGGAAAAUAUGUUGUUGACCUUGAUGCGGAAAAUUUAAAUGUCGGGAUAUUUUCGGGGCAAGUUCAACUCACAGACCUAAAGUUAAAGCCAGAAGCAUUGUACGAACUAGAUCUUCCAAUAGAAGUACGAGCAGGAACAAUCGGAAAAAUCUGGCUACAAAUACCAUGGACGAGCCUAUGGAAUCAGCCCAUUGUUGUCAACAUAGAAGACCUACAUAUCAUAGCAGGCCCAAUUGUAACGAAUGAGCCAUUUGAUGCGGAGAAAAAUAAAAGGCUUUCUAGAGCGUCAAAGAAGAAAGCUCUUGCCAAUUUAGAUAACCAUGAAAUUCUAGGAGGGCCCACUUCAUUUUCGGAACAUCUUAUCUCCAACAUUCUGAAUUAUUUUCAACUGAAUAUAGCGAAUAUCCAUAUUAGGUAUGAGGAUAACUAUAGUUUGAAAACUCCUGUUGCAGCUGGGCUAUGUAUUGGAUCUAUUACUGCAGAGUCUACUAAUAGUAAAUGGCGACCAGCAAAAUAUGACAAAAAUGCAGAAACCUGUUACUAUAUGGUCAAGUUGGAUGCGUUUUCAAUAUAUUGGAAUACAGAUGCAUCGCUUAAGAAGUGGGACCUUCCAUCACAGUAUUACCAAUGGAGAAACACUAUGGCCGCUAGUUUGCAGAAUUACUCAAUGAAUGAUGAAGAAUUCAAUUUUGUUGUGAAUCCUAUGUCAACAAAAAUCAAAAUGGUCAUCAGCAAAUCUCAACUUGGGCAAGUAACCAAACUCUAUACCGAUGUCAUCAUUCAAGAUUGUAACAUAGAGUUGACCAAAGAUCAAUAUGACUCGAUACUAGCUACAGCAGAUACUAUGGAAAGAAUGUUAAUUAGCUGGCAGUUCCUAUCCAUAAGACCCGCUGAAAGUAUCUUAGACAAUCAGAAGAUUUGGUGGAGGUAUUCCAGUUAUGCUUUAUUGGAACAAAGGGUAAAGCCGUACACUUGGAGCAGAAUUAGAAGGGUGAGACAAAAUUAUAAGGAAUAUAUGGAAACUUACAAACAAAUUUUACUCAAUCCGAAUGAUACAGAAUUAAAAAUGGAUCUGCAGAAAUAUGAGGAUAAUUUGUCUAUAAUUAAUGUUGUGCUAGCGAGACAACAAGCCAGAUUAACAGUUCAAGAAAGAAGUAUAGGAGAAAAAAGCUUUUGGUCAAUGUUGCCUUCUCCCGAAAGAAUAUUACUAUGUGAGAAGAUAGGGUAUUUCGAUGAGAAGGAGGACAGCUUCAAGGAGAGAAUAGAGCAUACGUACAAUUUCCGUCUGGGUAUUAUAAGUGUAACUUUGACAAAUAACUACAAAGAAAUAGCUGUAUUAACAAUGACACAGGCUUUGUUCAACCUUAAACCCAAUUAUAUCGAAGAGACAUUUAGAGCUUCGGUAAAAAUUGAAGGUAUUAUAUUAGAGGGCGCUAGUAAUGAAGAUCAUUUGAUGCCGAUCCUUUCUUCUGAGCACUUGAGCGAUAGUCCGGCAUACUUUUUUAAAAUGGAUUUAGACAAGUUACCAAAUAAUUCUGUGUGUAAAUAUAAGCUAAAUAUUGUUAUGGACUCUGUUGAAUGUAUAUACAAUAAACCAUCCGUUGAAGAAAUCGAAUCUUUUCUGACUGUGGAAAAAGGUGAUACGAAGAGUUUAUUUAACUAUUUAGCAAACAAACCAACUUUAAUAACAAAUGCUGUCAAAAAUAAGUUACUGCAAGGUUGGGAAUUUAAUCUCAAUAUAAAAAUUCCAUAUGUUGUCAUACCUGAAGUUAGUUCAUAUAUGAAGGCUGAAUAUUUAUUAGUCGUUGAUUUGGGCCGUUACUCUGUCAGAACAGAACUAUGCCAACAAGCGUACAUUGCUGAAAACUCAACGCAAAUGGAAUUAGAAGAACAAUUGUAUACCAAAUUAUUUGUUAAUUGCACUGAUCUCCAAAUAUUGUUCUGUGAUACUAGUGAUAACUGGAAGGAUGCUAGAAAGGAAAAGUGUAGUGAAAUGCACGUGGUUCCUAAAACUUCAUUUUCUUCUAUAUGUGCCAUUUCCGUGGCUAACCUGAAGACAAUACCAAGCUACAAAUUUAAUAUUAGUUUUCCGAAUUUAAAGAUGAAUAUAUCAGAAAGAAAAAUAUUGUUGUUACUGAAAUUUUUUAAUAUAGAUCAAAUAAAAAUUAAUAUCAUUCAAGAAGAUCCUGAACCGAAAGUUUUUACAAGAGACAGAAUAAAGAAAAGAAUUACGAAUCAUUAUUUGAAGGGGAUUGAAAAGAAAAUACGAAUCCCGAAUACGUAUAUAAAAUACAAGCGGUACAAAGUUGAUAAUUGUCGCACACAUAAUAUCACCAGAGAUAAAAGUAUAUCCAGAAACUAUCAUGAAGAUAUGAAUGAAGCUUGGGCAAGAUGUGUGGAUUUGCCAGGUUUGGAGGACAACAUAUCGCCCAGCAACAAUAUUCAAGUUUUAUACGGAUUUGUGGUAAAUGAAUUUUCAGUAACAUUUUCAAGAUCAAGUGAUAGCACAGACAGACAAUACUUAAUGCUACGCUUAGGGCAAUUUUCAAUGGAUGUGGCUUUCAUGACGUAUGGUCCUGCCUACCAAAUAACGCUUAACUCUCUUCUUCUGACGGACAAGCUGCAUACAACACACAGCGGACAAUAUCUUGAUCUUCUUUUUAGCCCUGUUACUGGAAAUCAAGAUAUUACUACUAUUCUAUUCAGGAAGGUUAGUGCUAGCUGUCCUGAUUUCUGGUCACAUUUUCAUGGAGUAGAAACAUCGUUGGUAGCAAACUUUGGUACAUUACAUGUUCUUCUACAUCAAGAAGCUGUGAGAACAAUAUUUCAAUACUCUAAAUAUAUAAGCAAUAAGAUAAAAUCUCAAACAUCUCCCUUCUUAAAGCGAACACUAUUAGGCUUAAUACAGCAACUACGAAGCGUUCUACAUUCAAAGACUGAUACACCAGUACCUCCAGGUUCCAUAAAGUUUUCUCAUUCCGCACGAUUAGCAGAUCUCAGCGUCACUGUUUGUGAUUCAGAUUUUGAUAUAGUGAACAUUCAACUCUCUGGACUGGAAAUGGACUUCCUUUUCAGAGCAAAUGAAAGAUUUGUUUUUAGGUCAUUUUUAAGUAAUAUAACGGUGGAACAUCUGUCGGAUAUUACAUUAUAUUCUAAGGUAUUAUAUACAGACGAAGAUAAAGUCUUUGAUAUAAAGUACGUGCGAAAUUCUUCCAAUCUAGGAUACAAUAACGACAUUUCACCCAAUAUAGACGAAACGUUUAUAGACGGAAGUUUUAAAUUUCAACUUGGUCGAAUUCACUGCAUAUUUCUUUAUAAAUUAAUUGUCCAGUUACAGAGAUUCGUGGCAAAUUUGGAAGCAGUUCCAUUCUUAGAAAAACUAUUCGUCAAAAUGAACACCUUGGUUAUAGAUAUUACUAAAACCUUGAAGGCGAAUACAAAAAUAAACCUAGCCAUUAACGUCAGCGGUCCAGUAUUUUUAUUUCCACAAAAGUCUUCUUCUCCAAAUGUUCUAAUUAUUGAUACAGGUCAACUAAAGGUCGAAAAUUUCUUUAAGGAUUAUCCACAAGAAAUAACAGAAAACAUUUUGGUUAAGCUUAAUGAUGUAAUGGCUUCUAGAGGAGUCAUGACGUUAACAUCUACAUUGGAGAUGCAGGAAACUCUUAUUGAACCCAUGAGUCUUAAUAUGGAUAUCAAAAGAAACACCAAUUCAAAAGCCCCACAGAGUACAUGGGAUAUCGACAGUAUUAUAGAUGCUAUCCAGAUUACCUUAGGCCAAAAAGAUCUAAUAACCAUAAUGUCAAUUUACACUGACAAUAUAGGAGAAGGAAAAAUUUUGGACCUUUUCCCAACUCCAGUGAAAUCCCCAACGGAUGCUUUAGGAUUAGGUGUUGAUGAAGCUGUUAGAAAUCUCGAAGCCUUUUUCUGCGAACCUAAGCAGAAGAAUGUAGUAGCUAAAUGUACCAUAGAAGAAGUAAAAAUAAUAUUAUUCUUUGAUUCUGGAGAACUACUCAGUUCCCCUAUCAGAGAUCUUAAUCACGGUUUAUGUACAUUUGAAAUUCUUGAUAUAGAUAUAUCCUUUGUAAUAUACAAUGACAAAAGUUUGGAUGGAAAAUUGUCUGUAGAUUCAAUGUAUAUUGAAGAAAUUGGCCCUGAAGCGAAUGCAGUAGAUAAAAUAAUUCUACAGUCACCAGCGGAUGACAAUAAAAACAACAAUUGCAAUAUAACAGUAAAUAAACCGCCAAUAAUAGAUGUAACUUUUCAUCAAAACAAAACGGGAGACAAAUCCGCAGACGUAAUAAUAGGCAGGCUCAGUCUCAGUUUCUCCAUACCCUUCUCCGAAAAGUUAGCCCUUUUCCUAAUCGAGUGCCUUCCCAAAGAAAGCGUUGACGUAGGUAUCGUCAAUCCUGGUUAUGAAGCCGAAGUAUAUCACACAGUAGCAAAUAAAAGUUAUGCAACGAGCCUUACCUUAUCCAUUAGAGUAAAUAAACCAGAGAUUAUAUUUCUUGUUGAGACAACGUCGAAUAAGAAGAGAUAUUUUAUUACUAAAAGUGAAAUAUUAAUAGACUAUUCAAGACACGCAAAUAGGCUUAACCUAGUAAUGUCAUUAUCGGGACUUCAUAGUCUCUUUUUUGACCUUAACGAAUACUCUGAAGAACCUUACGUAAUCCUACGACAAUGUGAUAUCGAGCUUUGCAAGUCUUGUGCAGAAACAGGAGAGAAGAUCACAAUGGCGAUAUCUUCUAUUUAUCUAAAGCUUUGCAGUGAAGUAGUGCAUUCCUUCAACGAUAUUUUAAACGAUAUCGUUGAACAUUUCAAAGUACCUGAAACCGAAGUACCUAAAAUAGAAAAAACUAAGCCAGUUAAAACUCCAGACGUAGAAGACCUUUGGGAACCAAAAAAAUUAACAGAAUUCGUGACAACUUGUAAUACCCUGGACAAUCUGAAAACCGAUAAUACUAUUUUUAUUCACGAAAUUCUGCUAGUACCCAAAUUUGAAAUUGUAGUAAUCUUUGAGCUGGAACAAGUUCAGGUUUUUCUUACCAAAACUACAAUUGAGCUAACAUUGUAUGAUUGGUCCUCUCUUCUAAAUUGCACUUGUGAGUUAACUUUGCAAGCCAAUUACUUUAAUGAAAAUAUACAAAGUUGGGAACCGGUUAUAGAACCCAUUGUAGUGGAUGAAAAAGAAUACAAGCCCUGGGAGGUUGUUAUAAAAGUAUUCCAAGAUAAGUCUAUGCCCAUGCUAGAUGACACGGAAUAUAGGCCAAAAUCAAAACCUGUCACCAAAAAGAAUAGUCGGUCUGUUACAACAACUGAAGACGAGGAUUCAGGGGAUGAUAUGAUGUAUUUAGAGCCGUUAAACCCCACGUACAACGGAAAUAACAGAAGAGUUAAGACUAGUCUUUCUACGUUUCUCGAUGAUUCCGAUUCGGAGAAUGAGGAUGGAGCAAUGGAGAGAUUAGCUGCUGCUAUUUCGGAUUUAUUUACAGGUGACUGGAACGAAAAUGAAGAUAGCGACUGUGGCCAUUCCAGUGAAGGCGAAGAUGAUAUAGAAGAAUCGCAGAAACCAAAAGAGAAACGUGAUAUGCUGUUUAACAAAUCGUACUAUAUUCUUUUGGACGCCAAAGAAACGUUCAACGUAACCGUCACACCAACCAUGCUACAAAUAGUUAAUGAUUUAAUAACGCAGUAUUCCAACAAAAUAAUAUCCGUUAGAAAUAACAAAAAAGUUAUUAAUUUGAUCAAUGACAUUGGACCUCACGCCAAAGUAGAUUUUUACGAAAAAAUUAGUGCGGAGGAUAAUAAGAUAUUAUGCACAAAGAAAUUUGAAAAUGAAGAUUCUGCUCCUAAUAGUCCAACGAGAACGGGAUUCUAUUUGCCAGAAUAUUUGGAUAGUAGCUACGAUGACAGAGAUAGUUUUACUGAAGAAGGGAAAGACGAUUUCGAAGGAUCCUACGAUUUCGAAUCCUUAUCCAGUUUGCAGUUUCCAGACGAGACAACACCCCAGCUUUAUGAUAGAAUCAAUAAAAACUUCAUGAAAAUUUACAUACCUAACUUAUCACCCAUACAAACCAAUUGCUCAAAACGGAACUGGGAAAAAUUAAUUCGACUUAGUUCGCCGAACUCAAGUCAAAUUUAUCACUUAGCUGCCAAACACACAAUGGGAAAAUUUGGAAGGAAAAUUAUAGUGAGCUCCCCACUUCAGAUAAAGAACGAAACUUGCUUUGCUUUAAGUAUAUUGUAUCAACCAUCUAUACUUCAGCAGUUAAAUUUAGAACCAGUGGGAGACAUGACGAAUCCUUUCGAAACCACCAUGAGAAUAUUUGUACUUGAACCUCAAGAAGAAUACAAUGUUCCUCUACAUAUUGCAUACCAUUGUACGUUGUUUAUUCAGCCAGCUUAUGCAGAGGGUCAUUAUGCUUCUGAUUCUGGCAUCUGGUGGAAAGAUCUAGCCACAGAGAUGGAUAACGCUCACGAUCUACAUUGCAAACCGAAAACCGACUCAAAUGUUGAAAUAUUUUCUAUAAGAGUUAUGCUAAAACGUAAUAUCAACAGUAAAAACAUAACUCAUUCAUCCAUACCAAAUUACAUUAUCCAUUUGCUGCCGCCUUUAAUAAUAAACAAUUUCUUACCUUAUUCACUUGAAGUGUUGAACGUAAGUUUAAAGCAAGUGAUUAAAGUUGAACCGGGAGAGAAAAAUAGCGUGUACUCUUUGGAUUUCUCGAAGGACCAAAAACUUCUAAUACGAUUGAAACAUAAUUCCGCGACCUGGACAGGAACUUUGAAUCUUACGAAGCAUUUGGAUGAGAAAAUCUUGGUAUUGACCACCGAUAAUAAGGACGAAGUUGCUAACUUAGCUAUUAAUGUCAAAAGUGACAAAGAAGGUAGUUGCAACAUGUUUUUCUAUACACCAUAUUGGAUUAUCAACAAAACUGGUCUUCCUCUUCAAAUUAAGGCUUCAAUCUCAAACACGCUUUACAACUGCGUGAACGAAGACAUUUUGCUCUUUACAUAUAAGCGGCAUGGAAAGCAAACCCUUAAUGUUCGAGUCUACGAAUCAAACUGGUCCAAUGAAUUUGGUUUAGAAUGUGUAGGCACGACAGGAUUGAUCAUAUGUAAAGAUAUCGAGAGAAAGAAGAAAUACAUGUUCUUUUUAAAUAGCAGGUUUUCAAAUAUUUGUCCCAGGCUCACAAAAAUUGUCACCAUACUGCCUAGUUUCUUGGUGACCAACAAUACAGAUAAAUCAUUAAGAUUUAUGGAACAUAACGACAAAACUGAUUUGUGGAUCGAUCUAGUUCCUUAUAAAACUAUGAUAUUCUGGCCAGAAACAUCAUCCAUGGAAAUGUACAUCAAAUAUAAAGAUAGCAAAUUAAUAUCGCAUUCUUUCUUUAUAUCCACCCACCAUAGAACAGUACUAAGAUUAGAUAAGGGAAGCGCAAUUACAGUAGAAGUGACCGGAGGAGUCAGCGACUCGUUUAGAAUUUCCUUCAAUGAGUACAAACCAGGCGACACACCGGUGCUAAUUAAAAACUACUGUGCUGAUUUGUUCUUGAAGGUACAACAACAAGACCUAAGCCCAGUCACUUUGUUGAACCCUUAUCAUUCGUUAUUAUACACAUGGGAUGAUCCAACAAGACCCCGACAAUUGGUGUGGAACGUAUACAAUAAUAAAGGAAGAGGCUUUUCAGUUGAUAUUACUAAGGAUGGUUACGGAGAAGAAAAAAUGAGAAUCCAUAGUGUGACGCCAACAUCUAGUUUAGUGGAAUCAUCCAGCAGUGACGAUUCAGACAGUUCUGAUAAUACUCAGCACAAUCUAAACAAAAAAGUUCACAAGGACAAAAUUAUUAUUUAUUGGUUAUGCUAUCGAGAAGGCUUGCAGAGAACCUUACUACUAACUCAAGAAUUGAGAAUUUAUAAUAAAGUCUUGGAGAUGUUUCUAGAAAAGUGUCAAAUUGAAGGUUUAAUUGCUCUCUCAGGCGUUGGAUUAUCGAUAUUCACCUCCGAAAAUGAUACGAAAGAGCACAUAUAUGCAACUAUCAGUGACAACCCUGCCAUCUGGGAGGUAAACGUUGGUCAAAAGUGGAAAACUCUAACGCUAGAAUUGGCUUCAUGGGUCGAAGAUAAAUACAGGCUUCACUACAAAAAAUGUCAGUUAAAAGAAUAUGUUCACAUAGAUUUCGAAAAGAUGUACAUGUUAAAACCAUUCUUUGCUGAGUUACGACGAAGCUAUUGCCCUGCGGUGUAUUUCCACUUCAGGAAAUCCCAGAACUACCAGUAUUACAAUUUAAGAUUACAAUCCCUACAGAUAGACAAUAAGCAAACGAAUAACAUAGUUUUUCAUCCCUUGCCAGCUCAAAAUAUCAAAGAUAAUACUCCAUUCGCCGAAAUUUGUGUAUCCAAGCUAUCCUCUAAAACAGCUAGCGUCUACAGAUAUAUUAAAUUUAACAUAGGUAGUUUCUUUUUGAACAUAGAAAAUGAUUUAUUUUUGCAAAUUUGUAAUCUUCUUAAGAAAACAAGAAAAUUCACCGAUGAAGAUUCUGGAAUCUACGUCAAUGAAAUUAAAGCCAUACACAAAUCCAUCACGGCCAGAAAUAACGAAACACCACCUAUAAACAAAUCUUACAUAGAAUAUUUAAUACUUAAUAGCUUCGGUGUUCAACUCAAUAUUUCCAAUAAACUUCAGAUGAGUUUGUCAGGAUCCAAAGGCCCAUUAUAUAGAGUUCUGGAUUAUUUGUUCCCAUAUAACUUAUCGCCUUAUAUGCCAAUGGAGGGUGUUCACCACAAGAUUUCGUCAGUAGAACAGGUGGAUAUUUGCGACACGCUGAAUAACGCAGUAUCAAAUUUAUUUGACCAAAUAUACACACAGUUUUUACAACAAUACUACUCGCAUGUGCUUGGACUCCAGGUGCUAGUCAAUACAUUUGCAAUACAACCGGCUAUUGAAGUUGGUGAUUUCCAGUCAGACAAAAUGGCAAACAUUCUCUUCUACGCAUCUAGAUGUCUCUUAGGACACAUCAACAUGUCUCCAGUGGCAGUCGAAGCAUGCGUUAUAGACAUUUUUAAUAAUCAAAAUAUUGAAAAUAUACAAAGGAUCCGACGGCAUGGUUCGUACCACAAAUCGGAAAUUGUCCCAAAAACCAUUACAAUUUCAAGUAGGAAUUUUACUACUGGAGUUCCUAAUGCUUUGAGCCAGCUAAUAGUAAGGAACCAGAAUGGUGUUCCCUGUGAUGGUGAGAUGUUCUUCAGAACAACAGGAAAAGCUUUACAAUCGUUAAUAACAAGGCAUCCAGAUGAAAAAUCUGACAGUGUGGAAGUUGCUCGAGAAGCUUUAAGAAGAGCUUCAAUAUUAGGAGAACCAAUAAAAAUUCAUCAAAGGUUAACAAGAUACAAAAAUAAACAUCUAGGUCUCCGUCCACUAUCUGUCCACGAUUCCAUGGGUAAUUAUUUAGUAGAAACCAUAGGCAGUUCAAGAUUUUCUAACGACACAUACUGGGCUCAUGCUGCAUUAGAUAAAAUUGGAAAAUCAAUCAUAAUAGUUACUUUGGAACAUGUCAUUCGAGUUAAUAAAUGCCGAUUGUGGGGACCAUGGGAAAUAGAGUGGGUUGUUGAUUUAGAUGACAUAAUAUCAAUGCCGAAAAUUAAUUGUAUUGAACUGAUAUUAAACACGAGACAGAAUGAUUCAAGCACUGGUAAAACUUCUCAAAUUAAAAUCACGGGCCAGAAGGAAAUGUUGAUGUGGCUUCAUGAGAAAAUAGAACAGGCUAUUAUUGUUAGCAUGGAAGACAAAUCCUGGGCACUAACAGAAAAUCAUUAAUGGGAUACAGAGGAAUUGAGACACUUCGAAAAGAAAGAAAAAUAUAUAGAUAUUUAAAUGUACAUUGAAAAUUUGUGUAUAUUUUGAAUCAUUGUAAAAAAAAUAAAUAUAUUAAAAGUUGAA